AUUGUCAUUUGUCAGUUGCAAAUGUAAAUAAUUGCAUUAUUUUUGUAAAAUUGCAAAUAAUUGAAUAAAUUGCAUAUAGUUAAUUUGCAAAUAACCCGCAAUUUAGAAUGCCGGCUUUUUUUGAAACAGCUUAAAAUAUUAUUAUAUGUUAUUGUAGUAUCUGAAAUGGUUAUAGUAAAAUAAACUUCCCACUUUUAUAUGAAAGUUUUAGAGACUUCGCAAAAUGUACUCCGUAAAUAAACUGCAUGUUUAUUUCGUUAUAAUUCUUUGUUUAUGUAAAAUGUGUUAUACUAUCAGAGAAUAUAAGAAAGAAGACAUUAUUAAGUUAAGGGAGGAAGUCCGUGAGAUGUUCCAGCAUGCAUAUGAUAGCUAUUUAACAUAUGCCUAUCCAUAUGAUGAACUGCGGCCCCUAAGUUGUGACGGAGUAGACACAUGGGGCAGCUACUCUCUCACACUUAUAGAUGCUCUGGACAUGCUGGUGAUAAUGGGAAAUUACACCGAGUUCAACAGAGUAGUUGAUAUUGUUCUACAGAAACAAAACUUUGAUACAGAUAUCAAUGUAUCUGUAUUUGAAACAAAUAUAAGAAUAAUAGGUGGCUUGUUGAGUGCUCAUCUAUUGUCACACAAAUCAGGCAUGAAGUUAGAACCAGGCUGGCCCUGCAACGGACCUCUUUUAAGACUGGCUGAAGAUGUAGCUCAGCGUCUUAUUGCAGCAUUUGACACAACGACAGGCAUGCCGUAUGGAACAAUCAAUUUGAGAUCUGGUGUUCCUCCAGGUGAAACUAGCAUUACUUGUACUGCUGGUGUGGGAACAUUUAUCAUAGAAUUUGGUACUCUGAGUAGGUUAACUGGGGAUCCUUUGUAUGAAGAGGUAGCAUAUAAUGCAUUAAAAGCACUAUAUCACCAUAGAUCACCAAUUGGUCUUGUGGGUAAUCACAUAGAUGUGAUGUCUGGCCGUUGGACUGCACAAGAUGCUGGCAUAGGGGGAGGUGUGGACUCGUAUUUUGAAUAUCUAGUCAAAGGAGCAAUAUUACUAGAGAGGCCGGAAUUAAUGUCAAUGUUCAAUGAAGCGCGCGAAGUAAUCGAUAAAUACCUGAAGAAGGAUGACUGGUAUGUGUGGGCCACAAUGUUGAGGGGACAUGUGACGUUGCCAGUGUUUCAGUCUCUGGAGUCAUAUUGGCCAGGAUUACUCAGUUUGAUUGGUGAAAGUGACACAGCCAUGCGCAUAAUCCACAACUACCAUGGUGUAUGGAAGCAGUAUGGUUUCACUCCCGAGGUAUAUAACCUGGGAACAGGUGAAGCCUCCACGUCUCGAGAGAGUUAUCCUCUCAGACCAGAGCUGAUAGAAUCAAUCAUGUAUUUGUAUAGGGAGACUAGAGAUCCAAUACUUUUGCAAAUGGGUGAAGAUAUUUUGAGAAGCAUUCAACAUAGUGCAAGGACUCCAUGUGGUUAUGCAACGAUAAAAGACGUCCGUGACCAUCGCAAAGAGGACAGAAUGGAAUCUUUCUUCCUUGCUGAAACAACCAAAUACUUGUAUCUACUCUUUGACCCAGAUAACUUUAUUCACAAUCCUGGUGUACAUGGCACUGUGAUAAAUACUCCCAAUGGAGAAUGUAUAGUUGAUGUUGGGGGAUAUAUAUUUAAUACUGAAGCUCACCCUAUUGAUCCAACUAUGCUGUAUUGUUGCCAUGAAGCAAAACAGGGGAUAAAUAUAAGUGAAGUUCAUAGGAUAUAUCAAAUACUAGAAGAGGAAGAUAAUAUUCAGUUUAUGACAAUGAUAGACGCGUCGACAAAUAACAGUAGUAAUCAAGAAAUUAAACCUGAAAACCCGCUAGAAACAAAUAAAGACGAUAUUCUUGAAUCUGAGGAAAUAAAAGAUAAUGUAGACAGUAAUGUUAAUAAAGAUCAAAAUCACGUUUCCAUUAAAACAGAAACAAGGACAGGUUACGUGAAUAUCGACGGAACAGAAAGAGAAAAAACAAAGAACGAGUCAUCAUUCAGUGAUGUUUUAAAGGAACGGAUUAAUAGUUUUUACAAUAACACAAGUAAUAUCGAAGAUGAAAAUGAAAAAUCAGACACAGGUCAAUCGGAAAGUAAUGAUACAACAGAUAAGGUUGAAGUUGACGACAUUAUUACACCAGAACCAGCUCAGGAAGAUGAUAAAUUAGAGUUACCAAGUACGGCAAGAACAAAAGAAGCUAUGAAGAUGUUGCCAAAGGUUUUACAGGAUUUCCUUAACAGUGAAUGGAAGACGAAACCCAAAUGCGAACCGCAACAUAUGCUCGAACGUAUAAGGAGAGAAAAGAGAUACCCAGACCAUCCUGAUGGUGACAAAUACAAACUAUUGUUAACUCCUGCGCCGUCUUUCUUGCAACGAAUAUCUUUAGCGGGAGAAUUUUUAAAUAAAAAGCAAUUGGAAGUAUAGGUGUAGAUGAAUUUAUUAAUCUAGUUACAAAUCUUAAUUUAAUUUCUUUCUUUCAUUGAAUGUACUAUAGAACGUAUUACGUGUGGUAUUACGAUAAAAAAAUAUUUAUUCUAAGUAUUUAUUUAUUUUAUCAAGUUAAGACAAAUUUAAAAUUUGUUAAAGUACAUAUUACGUAGAUUUUUUAUUAUAAUUGCAUUAUGUUUUUGCCUAUUGAGUAAGAGUACAAGAUUAAAUUUAUGUAUAUUUUGCAUACCUUUGAUUCCAUUAGUAAGAUAUAAGCAUU